AUGCCGUUCGCCAAGGUCAAUUACAAGACUUUGUACUAUAAAGACUGGUCACCAAAAGAUGGUUCUACUCCUCGAGCAACACUCGUCAUGGGUUACCGCUGCGUCUGCUUUGAUAUGACCGGAUCAGGUCUCUCGCCUUACACCUAUGUCGAGCAGAGUAUCCACAGCCUCGCAGAGGACGUGACCGCCCUGAUGGAUGUUUUGUCAAUCGACAAGGCGAUCUUUGUCGGCCACAGCAUGUCCGGCAUUGUUGGCCCUGAGCUGGCAGCCGAGUGGCCAGAUCGUAUCCAAGGACUCAUCUUGGUGGGCCCCGUAUGGCCUUCAUCAGAGGCAGCUCCCGUCUUCGAGGACCGUAUCAACAAGGUUGCAGAANAAGGCAUGGACGUGAUGGCAGACACCGUACCCUAUGCUGCUGUGGGAUCAAAAGCCACUUCCUUACACCAUGCUUUCAUCCGAGAACUACUGCUCGGAAUGGAUCCUGCUGGCUAUACCAGCCUGUGCAGGGUCAUCGCCAAUGCACACAAGUCACCGCCGAAGUAUGCAAAGGUUUCGUGUCCGACUCUUAUUAUUGCCGGAGAGGAGGACAAGAGUGCACACCUGCCUGGAUGCAAGAAGAUUAUCGAAGCGCUUGGCUCGAGGCAGAAAGACAUGGUUGUGAUGGACAAGUGUGGCCAUUGGCACUGCAUUGAGGACCCAUCAGAGGUCGGCAAAUUGUCUUUGAAUUUCCUGAAGCAGAUUUCGUAG